AUGGUUGUGGCUAAUGAUCUGAGCGAGUUGAAUUUGGGACCCGAAUUUGAAGAUUACAAGUGCUUAAACCUUUGUGAAUUGCACCUAAUUUUGGGCGAUCAAAUUAGGCUUAAUCCUAAACGUAACGAGGCAGCUCAGCAGUUGUUAAAGUCAUUUUAUGACUAUUCUGGUAGAUUUUCAAAGUUAAAAUAUCGCAAUGCAAUUGUAGACAUUAGAACGAGUCUUGAAAGGGAGGGCGGAUUGCAUGAAUAUGAAAUGGCAUCUUUGGUCAAUUUGCUACCCAAAUCUGUACAGGAAGCCAAGUCCCUGAUUCCCUCAAUUGCCAGGCUUCCAGAGAGAAGAAUUGUUCAAAUUUUAGAUCUAUUGGAGAGCUAUAGGAUACAGGCAUCAUAA